AUGGCAAAACGGUUCCUCGAUCAGCUUGCGAAGGUACCGGAAGACGAAUUAUCCAAAGACAGCCUGUGUAUGAUCUGUCAUCGAGACUACGGCACAGAUUCUGCCGAUGUGGCAGUUCGCCUCCCGUGUAAUCAUCACGUGGGCUUAGAGUGUAUCUCAACAUGGUUGUCUCCGGACAAGAGAGAUUGCAAGAACUCUUGCCCAAUGUGUCGGCGCGUUUUCUUCGACGUGAUCAAUGAGGAAGAGGAAGAGGAAUACCGUCGCGAAGUAUUACGUAGGGUUGGACAGCCACCCCAAGAGGCACAUGCACAAGGAGACAAUCCGAGAUGGUACGGCUACUUUUUGGAGGCGGCUGCCGAGCAGUACCUAGAGAGCCUGACACGGGCGAGAGCAUUUCUUGUAAGAAAUACUCGAGGACGUGACGAGGUCGAGAGGGAAGAGCGAUUUCGAUUGGGUUACCCAACACGUGAAGAUAUGGAGUCUCAUAUUGCGAACCAGGCAACGGCAUUUCGAACUUUGGCAGUCCGGGAGGUGAUGCUGUACUUCGAAUUGGGGCGUGACGGGUUUCUCCCACCAUUGGUGGGACCUAUCAGGCCAUUGAACGCAGAGCAGCUGGAAGCACUCUUCCGAGAACUUCAGCGAAGGGGAGCUUUCGAACCCGACCUGCACCCAUUCGAACACUACGAAGGGUUGACCGACCACCAGAUGUGGCUCCUGCACCGAGAAGAAGGCGAAAGUUUCAGCACAGAAGAGGGAGGAUACUGGUCACUAUCAUUAGCCUGA